AUGGCGGACGACGAGCUCGCGGAAGAUGAUCCUCUGGUAGACGACGACCCAACGUUUGAUGAGGUCGUGGUAGACUGUGAAAUCGUGGACGAUCCAGAUGAUGGGGUUGCAGUGGAUGUGACUGUAGUCGACGUAUCUGCAGCUGUUGAACUUGAGCCUGUCGAGCUCGCACCCGUUGAGCUCGCUCCAGACGAUGGUCCGGUCGAACUUGCUCCUGAUGAGCUCGCGCCAGAAGACGUUCCAGAAGUGUUUGCUCCGGAAGACGUUCCGGUCGAGCUCGCGCCAGACGAUGUUCCAGAAGUGUUUAAUGCGGAAGAUGUGCCGGUGGAGGUUGCACUUGAGGUUCCCGUCGAGCUUACACUCGAAGUGCUCGCUCCAGAAGAUGUCCCAGAAGUGUUUGCUCCAGAUGAAGUUGUUGAUGUGGGAGUGCCAAUGGAGCUCGAGGUAGAAUCACUAGAAGAAGUCGAACUAGACUCACCGGAUGAAGUUGACGUUGACGCCGCUCCAGAUGAAGUCGACGUAGAGGCACCAGAAGCUGCUGACGUUGACCCCCCCGAUGAACUUGACGUCGAGACACCAGAUGACGUUGAGACCGCCGAGGUAGAGCUGGUCGCACUUGUGCUCGUGCUCGUGCUGGGGUCUAGAUGGUUUCAGUCAAGUGACGGGGUCGUCGCAUUCAUCGUCCGAGGUGUACGCAUAAACAAAUCCGUUCUCAAAGCAGAAUCCGGCGGUGUCUUGGAGUUUUGCGAGCGAUCCGGUCAGCUCCCAGAUGGAAAAUCCUUCAGGGAAGCCCAAGAAGCUCUGGACGUAAGAAGCAGCCUUGAUCGCGGUGCCCAGGAAUCGGUUGUUGGACAGGAAGCUGGUGCCGUCGCUGCCCCUGAACACCAGGGCCGCAGACGACAAGCCUUCCACCGCGAUACCUCGGCUUUCGGAGUCGAAGCCCAGGUACCUGACGACAGUUUGUCUCGCGCGAAGACCGCUGACUGGGGUGCCGCUGACCUGGAGAUAGAAACCUGUACCGCUGGGGGUAACGCUAGUCGUGGAGGACGCGCUGCUAGUCGCGGUGGUGCUUGCAGUGGAAGAGCUGCCCGACGAGGUACUGGUUAUCGAGGAGCUGCCGGAAGAAGAACUGCCCGACGACGAUGA